UAAUCAAUUUAUCCCUUUAUCUCUUUAGAUGAAGACCCCUAAUAUUCGUCGAAUACGAGUUCCGAGCACUUUGAGUCAGGGGUCGCACCCGUUACUUGGUAACGUAACGAAUACAUACGGUUUGCUACAGCUCUAAUUUUGCCUCCAAUCGCUCUAUUUAUUUUUGCAGUGUUUUUGUUGAUUAUUCUGCACAAUGUCUAUCACUUUACACACAGACGUAGGCGAUAUUAAAAUCGAACUUUUCUGUGAGGAUUGCCCAAAGGCGUGCCACAAUUUCUUGGCGCUAUGUGCAAGCGAAUACUACAACGGAUGUGCUUUUAUUCGGAAUAUAAAAGGUUUCAUUGUGCAAACCGGGGACCCAACAAAUACUGGCAAAAACGGGAAGUCGAUAUGGGACACAAAAUUUGAAGAUGAAUUUAAGGAUACGUUGAAGCAUUCCGAUCGGGGCAUGGUCUCAAUGGCUAAUAAUGGUCCGAACGCUAACGCCAGUCAGUUUUUCAUUACAUAUGCGGCACAACCAAAUCUAGACCUGAAAUAUACACUCUUCGGAAGAGUGAUAGACGGCUUUGACGCGUUAGAUGAACUAGAAAAACUGCCCGUAAAUCCCAAAACAUAUCGUCCACAUCUUGAAAAGAAAAUAAACAGCGUCACCAUACAUGCAAAUCCCAUAGCUGGAUGAACGCAGUCGGGAGGUUUAUUAUAAAAAUUAAGGUUUAAAUGUGAAAAAAUUAUUGUGUUGAAUUAAAAAUUUAUGGCCUUAUUCAUAAA